AAAUGGGAGGGCACACUUGAACCGAGCUGCUCUAUGAAGGUAGGCUGCAGCGUGUGUUUAUUGAUGAGAUGAAAAGAAGAUGGAAGUGAGAAAUGAAACAAAGUAAAGGAACAUAUUAAAAAAAAAAAACUAUACGCGCUUCGUCGGGGUAAAACAAGAGGAGCCGUGGAAACGCUGUCGCCACUUUUUGAACGUGCUUCGAAGUGCAGAAAAACACAUGAUUUGGACAGAGAGGACUGACAGCCUUGCCUAGCACCCGGCCUCUGAUCAGCCAUCUCCACCAGCAAACUGAAGCUUGACCCGCACUUCAUCACCAGCCACACAAGCUUCUUCAUAACAAAACGUCAUCUGACUGUGACAUCAGUUGCAAGGGGAUGACCGAGCGCAUUCAUAACAUCAAUCUCCACAACUUCAGCAAUUCUGUACUUGAGACCCUCAAUGAGCAGCGCAACCGUGGGCACUUCUGUGACGUGACUGUUCGGAUCCAUGGAAGUAUGCUGCGAGCUCACCGAUGCGUGCUGGCUGCUGGAAGCCCCUUCUUUCAGGACAAGCUGCUCUUGGGCUACAGCGACAUUGAGAUCCCUUCUGUGGUCUCAGUGCAAUCCAUCCAAAAGCUGAUUGACUUUAUGUACAGUGGGAUUCUGCGGGUAUCUCAAUCAGAGGCCCUGCAAAUCCUUACUGCUGCCAGCAUCCUACAGAUCAAGACCGUCAUUGAUGAGUGUACCCGCAUCGUGUCCCAGAAUGUGGGCCUGGCUGGGCCGGGGGGGUUCCCUGUUAUACCAGGAGACUCUGGUCAGGAAACACCCCGUGGCACUCCAGAGUCCGGCACCUCUGGGCCCAGCAGUGACGCAGAGUCAGGCUAUAUGCAAGCAACAUCACAGCAAAGCAUAGAUCGUGCAUACACAUCACUGUACACCUACCCUGGCCUCUCUCUGCAGAACGGCACCCGCGAACGCCCCCUUUAUAUUAACCCUCUUGCGACAAAUUAUGAUUCGACUCUCAGCACUCAGAAGGACCAGCAGUCUCAAGAUCCGCCCUGGAUAAAUCGCAUUCAGGAGAGAUCUCAGCAGGUCGAUCGCUUCAUCUCCACAGCAGAGUCCACUCACUGCCGCAAACAACCCCGACCGGUACGCAUACAAACAGGAGGGAUGCACAUAAAGCAGGAGGCCGAAGAUGAGUACAGCUGCUACGAUAAUUUGGGGGACUGCCAUGAUGAUACUGACCAUACUGAGGGUGUAGAGAGUGAAUCCAAGGUUGAAAGUUUUGACUCAGGGGUGAGCUCCUCCAUCAGUACUGAGCCAGAUGCUAUGGAGCAGCAGCCGUACCUGAUGGGCUAUAGCCGAGAGGGGAGCGGGGAAGGGCAGCACGGUGAAGGAGCUCCAGUGCAGAUAGAGGUCAAUGACUCGUCCCCAGAGCAAGUGCAAGAGACAGAGGACGGGGACACAUCCCACAUUACUAGUGACAGUAGCAUGAUGCAGCCCCUGCCAAACUCAGUCAUGUCCCAGUCCCUGCCAAGUGCCCAGCACUACAUGCGCCAGGCAGAAUCACACACCAGCAAUCUGAGGAUGCCGCUCACCGUGACCAGCAAUUCCCAAGUGAUGGGCACUGCUGGAAGCACCUUCCUGCCCACACUCUUUCCUACACAGCCGGCUAGAGACAACAAGCCUUUCCUUUACCUUCCUGGCCAGCAGCAACCGCAGUUUGUGGCAGUGCCGCCCCCUGCAAUGCCAUCAUUCCCGAACCCCAUGUCAGUACCACAAACGCCAGCUCAGCAGCAACAGGCUGCAGGGGGAAUUGGUCAGGGGGAAAAGAAGCCCUAUGAAUGCACUCUCUGCAGUAAAACCUUUACUGCAAAACAGAACUACGUCAAACACAUGUUUGUCCAUACUGGUGAGAAGCCUCAUCAGUGCAGCAUCUGCUGGCGCUCGUUCUCCCUGAAGGAUUACUUAAUCAAACACAUGGUGACACACACAGGGGUGCGGGCGUACCAGUGCAGCAUCUGCAACAAGCGUUUCACCCAGAAGAGCUCUCUCAAUGUCCACAUGCGGCUGCACCGUGGAGAGAAGUCCUAUGAGUGCUACAUCUGCAAGAAGAAGUUCUCACACAAGACCCUGCUGGAGAGGCACAUGGCCCUGCACAGCACAGGCAGCGCCAUCACAGGGCUGUCGGGGAGCACAGGUACCCCGGGCCCGGUCUCCAUUCCCAUGCCUAUGGCUGUCCCUGAGCCUGGAGCUGGAGUGGUGGCCCUCGCCAUGCCAGUGAGUGGAGGUGCUGGAAUAGGGGCUGGGGUUGGAACAGGAGUGGGUGUAGCUGCAGAAGCGAGCUGCCAAGAAGGGACCACCUACGUGUGCUCCGUCUGCCCUGCCAAGUUCGACCAAAUGGAGCACUUCAAUGACCACAUGCGAAUGCAUGUCUCCGAUGGAUAAGUACAAAUAGAUAAACUUCUUUCAAAAAGAAUGACAAAUAAAAUGGCACUAGAUUUUCCUUUUCUUAUUUUGAGGUAUGAAGAGUAAUGAGUAUAGACACUGGCACAUUAAGUUUCCCAAAAAAAAAAAAAAGAUUUUUUUUCUGUUAUUCUAAAAGAAAAAAAAGAUGGUGGCCUUAAGGCUUAGUAGUUUGAUAUUGAUCUACUGGAUGGAUCCUAACUACAGGCCUCUAAAUGUAUGCUUUCCUAAAAUACUGAUUUAUGUGUUGAACACUACCGAAAGGCCUACGAAAGAAACACAUACACACAAACACACCCUUAGUGUAGAUAUGUCCGAAUGAAUAUACAUGUGCAUUUAUGUUUGAGUGUUUGUGUAUUUGCAUGUGUCUGUCUGUCCAUGUGUGUGUGUGUGUGUGUGUGUGUGUGUGUGUGUGCGUUUGUG